UGUACAACUAGUGUCUUUGUUUAAUUUAAUUCUUCAUUGUAUUGUAAUUUAAAUGAUGUGUUCAAUUAGAAAAGGUAUUAUGGAGCAAGAGAGAGAAGAAGGUGAAAUGAGUGAUGACACAGAAAUGAUUGUUGAUGACGAGCAAUUGUCUCAUGAAUUAUUGGAUAAUCAAAAUAUCUUGUUUUAUAAAGCAGAUAAGGAAGGGCUUAUUGUAGAACAGUUAAACAAAAUUGAUGCUUCAAAGAUUGAAGAUAGAGCCAAAAGAUUUGGGUUAAACUUAACUGGGAAUAAAUUGGUGACACAGAAUCAAAUUGAUGAACUAUACAGUAACUUUGGAAUUGAAAGCGGAAACGAAAGACAUUUCCGAUUUGAUACAUUACAUUUAAAUGGAGUUGGUGGUUUGACGACUAAAGAAAUUUUCGCAUAUUUAAAAGACUAUAAGCCAGUUUCCUUAGAAUGGGUGGAUGCCAAUUCAUGUAACAUAGUUUGUCAAGAUCACAUAUCUGUUGCAUUAGCAUUAUUAGUGCAUUCUCAAGAAAUAACUAAUGAUGAUGUCAAGAAAAUGUUAUUUGAGAAAUCCUCAUACCAUUGGCGAGAAGGAAUGCCUCAUUCAAAAAGUGAUACUAUUUUAAUGCGUUUUGCAACAAAUAGUGAUAAGAAGGUUAAUCAUAAAAUACCAGAGCAAAAAAUUAAAGAUACCCAAAAUUUCGAAAGUGGAAAUAAUACUAGUAAGAAUCCCUGGGGUGAUUUAUGUAGAUCUUGGGGUGUUUAUGACCAUCAAGAAAUAUUUCAAAGAAAAUUAACAAAAACUGAUUAUGAGGAUGAGUCUGAAGAACCAACUGAGACUUUACAGUUAAAAAAUAAAAAGUUAGCAAUGCGACUUGGAAAGAGAAGUUAUAAAAUUGAAGAUGAAGAAGAAAGUAGUGAUUCAGAUUCAGAAUGGAAAAAGAAAACGAAAACUCCGAGAAUGAGAAUGCAUGCCGAUGAUGAAGAAUCAAAACAAGUCAAACAUAACUCUAUAUAUCAUAACAAAGAUGAGGAAAAUGACAACUAUGCACCAUUAUCUAUUGAGGUUAUAAAUUCCAGAAGUACUUUUAUUCCUAAAGAAACAAAAAUAGUUUCCGAUAAAUUUAAAUAUAAAGAAAGACCUGCAAAAAGUUCACAUAAAAAUAUUCAGUCUCGAUUAGGUGUAAAGGUGGUACAAGAUAAAUCAUAUUCAAAUGAUGCAAUUCCUUCCAAUGGUUUGGAUAAUAAUAUAAUAAGCAGGGUACAGAAAGUGAACAGUAGUUCGAAAAAUGUGUCUGUGUGGUCUAGAUUAGAAGUUAAUACUGCAAAGGCAACACAACAAAGUGAUUUAAGACAAAUUUUGACAACCCGCAAACAAAAAUCUGAUGACUUAAGGGGAAAACUUAGUAAAUCAAAACAAUGUAAUUUACGAAUUGAAAUAGAUAAUAAUUAUGUUAAUGAAUAAAUUUGUCAUGCAAA